AUGUCUAAACGACAAGCUUCCGAAGCUCUCGACGAGCUUCAGGACGUCGCAUCGCCCGCGUCCAAGCGAUCUCGAAUGGGCGACUUCGACUCGCCCCUCGCAAACAGCCACGGCGAUGCGCAAAGCCCCGAGCAAGACGGAGAUGCAAGAAACGGCCGUCUGGACGAUGAAGACAGCGAAGGAUCCAAUGAAGAAGACGAUGAAGUGCCCAUUCCGGCUCCUGUUCGGCAAUCGGGCCCGGCCGACGGAUACGACGACCUCUAUCUCGACACCAUCGACCGCAACGUCCUCGACUUUGACUUUGAGAAGCUGUGCUCCGUGUCUCUCUCCAACAUCAACGUCUACGCAUGCCUCGUCUGCGGCAAAUACUUUCAAGGCCGCGGCGUAAAGUCCCACGCCUACUUCCACUCCCUCGACGAGGACCACCACGUCUACAUCAACCUCGAGACGCAAAAAGUCUACGUCUUGCCCGAGGGCUACGAGGUCAAGAGCAAGUCGCUCGACGACAUCAAAUACGUCUCCGACCCUAGGUACACCAAGAACGAAGUCAUCCAGCUGGACCGUCGCGUCAACCACGUCAGCUGGACGCUCGACGGCAAGGAGUACACGCCAGGGUUCGUCGGCAUGAACAACAUCAAGGAGAACGACUACCUCAACGUCGUAGUGCAGGCGCUGUCACACGUCUCUCCGCUGCGCAACUACUUCCUGCUGGAGGACUUUUCCAAAAAAUCCGAGCUCGUCAAGAGAUGCAGCAUCCUGUUCCGCAAGAUCUGGAACCCGCGCGCCUUCAAAUCCCACGUCUCACCACACGAGCUUCUCCAGGAAAUCGCCCUCCUCUCCAACAAACGCUUCACCCUCACGAACCAGUCAGAUCCCGUCGAGUUCCUCUCGUGGUUCCUCAACAAUCUCCACCUCGGCCUCGGUGGCAGCAAGACGAAGCCGGGCAGCUCCAUGAUACAGCGCACGUUCCAAGGCAAGCUCAAGGUCGAAUCCCAGGCCAUCACCGCCCGUGCCGAUGCAGGCGAUCGUCUGCGCUUCGAAGAGGCCGCCGAAGUCAAGGUCGACAUUGUGCGCUUCCUCUUCCUGACGCUCGACUUACCGUCUGCCCCGCUGUUCCAGGACGAGCUGGAAAAGAACAUCAUCCCGCAGGUUCCCCUGAGCACCAUCCUGACUAAAUACGAUGGCAAGCGGGCGCAAGAGCACCACGCACAGCGAAAACGCUACCGCCUGCUGCAUCCGCUCCCGCCGUAUCUCUUGCUUCACGUCAAGCGCUUUUCACAGAACAAGUUCGUCUCCGAGCGAAACCCCACAAUCGUCACUUUUGACGCGAGGAAUCUCGACGUUUCGCCGUACGUGGAGCCCAAUCCAAAAGAAUGGCCCGUGGGUGAGCCCAUAUGGUACGAUCUCGUUGCCAACGUCGUCCAUGAGGCGGUCCGCAAGAGGGAGGAUGUUGCGGACAGCGGCGAGGAGAAGAAGACCUGGAAGGUUCAGAUCAAGGACAAAGCCACGGGCGAGUGGGUUGUGUGCCAGGACUUGUUCGUCGACAAGGUACAGAGCGAGCUGCUGUAUCUCGGAGAGACAUAUCUACAAAUCUGGGAGCGAAGAAGAGUGCCCACCAAGACAGCAGGAUCGGGAAAAGGAAAAGGAACAGCGUAA